AUGGCGGAGCCGGUACCAAACAAUAUUGUCAUCAUGACUAGGGAGAUGCAUACGGGCGGAGAACCAUUGAGGGUGAUCGAGUCUGGUUUUCCCUCCCCUCGGGGGGACACUUUACUUGAAAAAAUGCGUUACGCACGGGAACAUCUCGACAAUUAUAGGAAGUUGUUGAUGAGAGAACCUCGCGGCCAUCUUGACAUGUUUGGUGCGUUAUUGGUUGAGCCGGAUAAUAAAGACGCAGACAUUGCUGCCAUGUUUAUGCAUAAUGCAGGCUACAGUACCAUGUGUGGUCACGCGAUUAUCUCCCUUGGACGGUACGCCGUAGAUUCGGGACUAAUCCAGAAACUCUCCAGUCCGGAAACACGAGUGGCGAUCCAAUGUCCAUGUGGACUAGUGGAGACAUUCGUUGAAUACAGUGACGGAAAGACUGGAAAUGUCCGAUUUAACAGUGUUCCGGCUUUCGUCUUCGCAACAGAUAUAAGGGUCGAAGUCCCGGAGUAUGGUCACGUGGUAGCAGAUAUUGCAUACGGAGGAUCAUUCUUCGCUUUUGUAUCUGAUAAUCAGUACAACUUCCGGUUAUCAGAGACUGCCCCGGAAGUCGUAAGAUCGGCUGCAGCAGCCACGUCAGAGGCAUUGAAGAAGGAACUGAAGCUGUUUCAUCCAAACAGUGAUGACCUCGCCUUCCUGUUCGGUACUAUCAUAACGGACGGACAGGACGAUCGGACGGACAUUCCGUCCUCACACAUAUGUGUGUUCGCUGAGAAACAGUUUGACAGAUCCCCAUGUGGUUCAGGGACGACUGCCAGGAUGGCACUUCUACACCACAAAGGUCACGUCAAACUAGGCCAGUCUAGGACCUUCAGGAGCCAUACCAAAUCCGAGUUCCAGGCUAAGGUAGUACAGGAAGUGACGUGUGGUGAACAUAAAGCGGUAGUAGUAGAAGUUUCCGGAAAAGGAUACUACUGUGGCUCUUCGGAAUUUUCCCUGGAGACGGAUGACGUCAUUGGAAGGGGGUUUCUAUUAUGA